AUGGGUAUUCUUGGUCAUAUGAAAGAUUCUGGUGACAUUACUGGUUCUUUGUCCCUUUAUUCUGAAAUUAUUGCAGUCGUUGCUGUCGUUGUAUGGUCCAUGGCAGCAGAUCAUAUCGGACGUCGCGGUGUCAUGAGCAUAGCCAUUUUUCUCAUGGGCAUGGCUAUUGUUUGCUAUCCCUGGGUAAAGAAUGUCUAUCCACACAUGCUCAUUUUGAAGCUGCUCUUUUCCGUUGGUUCUGCUGGUUCUACAGCCAUGAUGGUGGCUAUGACAAUGGAUGUAGCACGUGGAAAAGGUGGUUUAGUGUCAGGCUGUAUUGGUAUCUCUUCUGGAUUGGGCGCUAUUUUUGCAGCUCUAUGCCUCUUUAUGGUUCCUGCUUACCUGUCCAUCCGUUAUCCAACGAACAACCAUGGCGUAACUUAUUCACAUGCUGCCAUUGGAGGUACUUCUAUGGUGCUUGCAUUUAUUCUCUAUUUUUGCAUGCCCAAGGAUUCUUGUAAGCGCCCCACUGUUAAUCACUUCAGAGGCUAUAUUGACAAGCUAUAUAAUGGAUUAAAAGUGGCAAAGGAUCCUCGGAUAGCUCUUGGCUAUGCUUCAAGUUUUUUUGCUCGUGCUGAUGAGAUCAUUAUCACCAAUUUCUUAUCUCUGUGGAUCAAUCAGUAUUAUAUAGAAAGGGGACAAUGUGUCGUUGGCAAACCCUGCUACUUGGGUUUAGCUUCUUCUUCAACGUUAUCGGGUUAUGCGCAGCUGGUAGCAUUAGGUACGACUGCCUUCUUCUCUCUUGCUUCAGAGUAUCUCCCUAAAGAAAUUGCCCUCUUUAUUGCUGGCGCUGUGGGUGCUUGUGGCAAUAUCCCUUUUUCAUUCUCCAUUGACCCAACGUCAAAAUUGUCCUUGGGGUUCGUCAUCUUGAUUGCUACAGGCCAAUACGGGAUGAUUAUCUCUGGUAUGGCUAUGGUGGCUGGCAAUCAUGUAGACAGAAACGACAAUGCUGCAGUCUCAGCAACCUACUCCUUUAUUGGUGCUAUUGGUAUCAUUGUAUUGUCCAAGCUUGGCGGUGUACUUUUCGACAAGUGGAUGAAGGGUGCCCCUUUUUUACUAUUAGGUAUCGGACACUGUUUAGUGUGUGUUGGUUCUGUCCUCUGUUAUGUUGUUCAACUCUCUCAGAAAUAUAGGAACAAACGCGAGAAAAAGCGGGUUCUAACAGAUAACGAUAAGUUAUCAUUAUGA